GCAGGGGCCCGCUCCGAAUGGCAGGUGUGCCCACGGUCUCCCCGCUCCUGCCGGCGCAGAUGGUACAGUCCACAUGUAGUUCGGAGUUGUUGCCGAGGAGGUUCCACUCUUCAGCGCUCCUCAAACUGGCAUGCAUCCUACGCUCCGGCCAAGCAGCAGGGGACUGCACUUCUUCUCACAACAUGCUACUCUUUUCUGAGCGGAGAUAUCUCGGACCGCAGCGCAAGAGCGCGCUAUGCUACGUUUUGUGCGUUAUUUCAGGUGCUGUGUGCAGUCAGGUGGUGGUGCCUGAGAGAGUGAAUGCCGUGCUGGGAAAGAAUGUGACUUUAGACUGCCGUGUGCAGGUUGGCACAAACCUCACUCUGACUCAGAGUUCCUGGGAGCGCCGCCUACCUUCGGGCUCCGUCACAGUGGCGGUGUAUAACCCAGAGCUUGGCACCUUCAUCCCUCCAGAAUACAUCAACCGCUUGUAUUUCCGGUCGCCCUCCACUCACGAUGCAACUAUCGUACUAGAAAACGUGGGCUUUUCAGACGUGGGGAUCUACACCUGUAAGGUAGCUACAUUUCCUCUGGGAAACACCCAAGUCUCUACUACCGUUAGUGUUCUUGUGGAGCCAAAGGUCUACGUUUCUGCCGGCUCCGCUGCCCUGAUUGACGGUGGCAAUGACACCGUGGUUGCCACCUGUAUCGCUGAGAGAGCUCGGCCACCUGCUGAGGUGUCUUGGGAGUCCAACCUUUUCGGCCAGUCAGAGGUGCAACUGUUCGACGAUGUCAACGGCACAACCAGCACACAGGUGCGCUACAUCUGGCAGCCCACGCGCCACGUCCAGGGCCACGCGCUUACCUGUGUGGUCCGUCACCCUGCUCUGCAAAGCGACUUCAGGAUCCCCUACCAGCUCAACGUGCAGUUUGCUCCUGACAUAUCAGUUGUGGGGUAUGAUGGAGACUGGUAUGUAGGCCGAGAGAACGUUCAGAUGACAUGCAAAGCCAACGCCAACCCACCAGCUCAUCACUUCAGAUGGAUCAGAUUAGACAAUGAAAUGCCAGAGGGGGUGGAAAUGAGAAACAGCACUUUGCUUUUCCUGCGUCCCCUUCAUCGGAAUGACUCCGGCGUUUACAGGUGCGAGGUUGCCAAUGACGUUAACCUCCGCAGUCGAGAUGUGCGCAUCCUCAUACAAGAUCCUCCCACCAUGCCUUCCACCAUUACCGCUCCUGUCCUAACCAGCUCUUCCUCCUCCACCUUUGUGGUCGAUAAGGGCCACGUCCUCCUGAGCUCCCCUACACUCGAAGCCCUGCCUGAAAGUAAUUUUGGUUCCAUAGUGGGUGGGGCUGUGGGCGGGGCCUUGUCCCUGCUUCUGGUGUUGUCUCUGGUUGGCGUGUGUUACCUGCGGAAACCGCAGACCUUUCACGGCAGCUACUACACCAAGCAGAACCACGGUCCUGCUGAUCUGCAGAGGGCCCCUGGGCAACACGAACUGCGGCCCACCAAGGCCAGCAACAGCGCCUACAAUCGGGAUCAUGACCGGGAGGAGUGGGGUGACCGCGAGCUCAAACAUGAACAUCGCCAUAAUGAGUACAACGGAGAAAAGUAUCCCAUUAACGGCUACACAAGGGCUAUGCGGGAGAGUGGCCGUUUCAACCAUCAACAGACUCACCAUCAGGAAAAUGUACAGUUUUCUAGUCCACAGCGGGCCAGGUGCACCAGAUACCCUCACCCAUCAAAACCACAGGGAAAUGGCUACCCCUACCUUUCGGAUGACCGCUACGAUAACGGGGCCGAUGGUGAUUAUGUGUCUCACACAGACGGCUCAGUCAUCUCACGUAGAGAGUGGUAUGUUUGAUAAGCUACAUUGUUCUGCAGGAGCAGAAAUGCAAUUAAAGUUUUGUUUAUGAAGAAAAACACCUUAUUGUAGAUGUACACACGCCUCAGUUGUAGUUCUUUGUAGCUAGUUUGGCUUGUUUUCAACUCUUUGUGAUUGGAUGCUUCUGUUUUGGAUGUGGAUACACUGGGAACUCUUCAGUCAUAUUGACAGCCAUCAAAACAAGGCAUCUUAGUACUUUAUCUGUAUAGAAAUGAAGAGAAACUGAAGUGUAUGCUGUUGCUGCCUUACUACAUGGACUCCCACAGUUAAUUCAGCAUUACUAAUGUCUUUCCGUUGAAGCCCUGGUGGCUUCAGAUUGUGGCUGUAACAAUAGUCAAAUUCUUUGUUAUUCUAGUUUCAAACUUGCUAACUGAUCAACCUACCAAACCCUCUUGAUUUAAAAUAAUUUGGUUCGUAAAAUUAUCUAAAGAAAAUAAAUUACUUGCAAAGUUCUGUAGCUCUUUUGUAAAUAUGUUAAUUUUGAUGUCAUUUGUGCAUUUUUCCCAAAGUAUUGGAUUAAGAUUAAAAAACGUGUUAAAUUGUCGAUAACUAAACAUUGUUAAACACUUUUAUAGUGAUCAAAUUAAUAAUGAUGAAUAUUUAACUCAAUUAGGUUGGCAUGUAUGUUGUGUAAAGAAUUGUGUAAAUUCUUUAUAAGUAUUUAUGGAGGAGAUUCAGAAUUUUGCAUGGCGUAACUACCAUUUAAAAGUGAUACCUUUAUGAUAUGACCUGAACUGGUAGGUUGACCAGAUGUGAGCAUGAUUUGUGUUUCAUAGUUUUCUUGUUUGCACCUGUUAUCAAAACUUCUAACAUUUUUUGUUAUUCUGGUGUUUUAAAAACUGUCUGUAAACCUGUAGGAUUUAAACAAAUAAUUUCCCAAGACCCGCACAGCAAGGUUAUUAUAUACUAAAGUUGUCUCCAUAACAGAUCUAAUGGCUUUUGAACUUUAACAUCAAUGAAAUGUUUUGCAAUGCCUUUCCUGCAAAACCUGAUGAAUGACAGACUCAUUAGACUAAUUUGUUUUCAUCAAAAUCUCUGCCCUUAUGCAAAUCAUGAGAUAAGAAUUUGGGGCGUGAAGACUAAACCACUGCGGUUCCUGACAGUAUGUGAACUUUAAGAGCAUUUAUCCCGCAUUGUUACAUGACAACUUUGGUUUCAUGGGUGAAAUAUACCAGUUCAAUCCUUAAAUUCUAUAAAAAUAAGAUGAAAUAGCAGGGAAAAUACUUCUGUUAUAUUUUUAGCUUUUUUUUUUUUUCUGGGAAGAGUUCCAGGUUAGUUAUCCUCACCAGCCAAGUAUGUUCGCAGUAUUCUGCCGCCUUUUUAUAUAAUGAUGGCUCUAUUUAAGAGUUUGGUUGCUGGCACCAAAAGAGCGUUAUCAGCAGGGUAUUGUUUGAAGCAGGCUACUGCAAGGCAGCCACCACACACUGGUCUCCUCAUCAAAAAAUGUUUUCCUACAUAAUUAAUUUUUAGGUCGUUUUUUUUUUUUUUUUUGUCAGAACACUUUUCCACACUAAACUAUUAAACGUUUUUUUUUUUCAUGUCUGAGCAAUUUACAUCAUGUGUGUGCAGUUACAAGCCGAAGCAUUAAUAGCUAGUUGCCAUUCUCUAACAUUCAUUCAAAGCACAACAGAAAGACCUAAACUACCUAGAUGCAUCCGGUCUAUUGUGUUGAAUUUAUUGUGCUCACCUGUGGUUAUCAGCACUUUUUCUCUAUUACUGCACAGAGACAGAAACUAUUCAGUUACACUCAUAAAGCUAAAACUAUAAAAAAAAAAAAAAUGUAAAGCUUGAAAAUAGAAUUUUCUUUUUUUUUUUUUGUAAAAGUACUUGCCAGUUUAUACUCUUGAACAUAACAGGAUGUACCAAGUACUGUGACUUAUUUUUAUUCAUUUUUGUACUUGUCAGUGUUAUUGGGCUGCAGAGCUCCAGUAGUUCAGGUCUCAAACAUUCACAGAAUAAUGUGAUGUAAAGUUUUUAUACACCAAAAAAAAAUAAAAAAGGUAUUCUGGCACUUGCACCCAUUUACUUGACCACAUAGAGGAGAGCCAACUAUUUCUUUCAAGUACACUAAUUGUGAAUAAAUGCCUACUUUAGUAGUAUGGACACCACUUUUACGAUACGUACUGCCAGAUGCCAACUCUAUGGAACUUGUAUUUAGAAGUAGGAAAACAUUGUCUAACAUAAGUAUUAUCAACAGUAUCAUCAGCGUAUAUAGAUAACGAAUAUAUCACUGUUGUGUACAGGCUAGCCUAAAAUAGAAGAGAUGCUUUAUUAUAAGAGUAACAGUUGUUAAAAUGGGAAAUUGUAUUAUUUGUCUGGUUGUGUAAUUUUGUGCAGUGAUUAGGCUGCUAAUGUUCCUAUGAGAUGUGCUGAGGAGCAGCAGAGAAAAGGACCACUUACUGUUGUCAGCAAAGUAGUAGUAUUAAGAUUUAUAGGAAUAAGGUGCACACUUUCACAUACCCGUGGUUUACAAUACAAGAAAACUGGAUCUCUUUACUUUGAAUAUAUUGAGGUAAGAAUUCCCAUUAGGAUUUCUGCUGCUAUGUUGGUAAUCCAUUUCAAAGUUACUGCAAAUAUUCCAACCAAGUUUUUGGUCUUUGAGAAACCAAUCCAUAUCCUUUAUGAAUGUCCAAGUGAAAGAGAAAUCUAUUUUUGCUGUACAGAUAAUUAAGGCUCCCUGGUUAAACCGCUAUUCCUUUUGCCUAUUUGGUUAGUAUUGCAUAAAUGUGGAAAACGACAGGAAGCACAGCACUCUGAACCCUACUUGUGCCUGCUCCUAUGCACUAAGAAGGAAAUUCCCUCAAUCAAUAUGUCCUUUUCAGCUUGCCUCCUCAAUUUCGGGCUCUACGUCUGGAUUAAUGAAGUUCUUUUUUACUGAAGCUUUGUAUCGAGAUUAUCAGUAACCUCACCUCGAAAUGUCUAAGUUGAGAAAUAUAACUAGUGCCUUAGAUACUUAGAAGAAAUGUUUUUUUUUGUUUUUUGUUUAUGGGUGUUUUGUUUUUUUCUCUGAAGUGUAUUUAAUUUGUUUUCACUUAGUGCCAGGAGGAAAUCUUAGUGCCAUAUUCAGCCAGACAGAGGAUGUUGGUGUGUAUUUGCAAACCUAGAGGCAUUAAAAACACUCAGUGAAAGCUUUAAAUGAAUUUCCACAUGAAAUGAGAGAUCUGUAAUGGGGGUUGGUUUCUGUAAUGUCACUGUUUGGAAAAAAAACCAGAAUGAUUACCUUCAGUGUCACAUUGUUAAUUUAAAGAAAAACUUUUUCAUCUUUUUUGUAUAUAUAGCAGAAAAUGUAAGUUUGUGGAAGAAAAAGAAAUGUCAGUGACAGCAGUGGAGCAUUAUUUUGUCAAUCUUUUUGAGAUACUAUUGUUCAAUAAAGCACCUUAGCACCUGUGA